GGGGCGCUGCGCCCCCGGGUCGCCAUGGGCCGCCCCGCCGCCGCCGCCCGCGGGGCUCCGCCGCCGCUGCUGCUGUCGCUGCUGCUGUCGCUGCUGCCGCCGCUGGGGAGCGCCGCCGCCGAGCCGCGCCAGGUGUUCCAGGUGCUGGAGGAGCAGCCGCCCGGCACCUGGGUGGGCACCAUCGCCACCCGGCCCGGCUUCACCUACCGCCUGAGCGAGCACCACGACCUGUUCGCCAUCAACGCCACCUCGGGCGCCCUGCACACCCGCGCCACCAUCGACCGCGAGAGCCUGGCCAGCGACGUGGUGGACCUGGUGGUGCUCUCCAGCCAGCCCACCUACCCCAGCGAGGUGCGCGUCCUGGUGCUCGACCUCAAUGACAACGCGCCCGUCUUCCCCGACCCGUCCAUCGUGGUGACUUUCAAGGAGGACACGGGCAGCGGGCGCCAGCUUAUCCUGGACACAGCCACCGAUGCCGACAGUGGCACCAAUGGUGUAGACCACGGCUCCUAUCGGAUUGUGGCCGGCAAUGAGGAGGGCCGCUUCCGCCUCAACAUCACCCUCAACCCCAGCGGUGAAGGAGCUUUCUUGCACCUGGUUUCCCGUGGAGGGCUGGACCGGGAGGCCACCCCCACCUACCAGCUGUUGGUGCAGGUGGAGGACAAGGGGGAGCCCCGUCGGCGAGGGUACCUGCAGGUCAACGUCACUGUCCAGGACAUCAAUGACAACCCCCCCAUCUUCAGCCAGACGCUUUACCAGGCACGAGUGCCUGAGGAUGCACCUGUUGGGGCCAGUGUUCUCCAGGUCACUGCAGCUGAUGCUGAUGAAGGCACCAAUGCUGACAUUCGCUACCGCCUGGAAGGAGGUGAUGGCAGUGGCAGUGGUGGUGGGGAUGGGGCUGGCAGCCUCCCGUUUGAGGUGGACCCUGAGAGCGGAGUGAUCCGCAUCCGUGAGCGCUUGGACUAUGAGGUGCGACAGGAGUACUCACUGACAGUCCAGGCCAUGGACCGAGGGGUGCCGGCGCUGAGCGGCCGGGCCGAGGCCCUCAUCCGCCUGCUCGAUGUCAAUGACAACGAGCCCAGGGUGAAGUUCCGCUACUUCCCGGCCACGUCCCGGUUUGCCUCUGUGGAUGAGAAUGCGGCCCCUGGCACUGUGGUGGCCCUGCUGACGGUGAGCGAUGCCGACUCCCCCGCAGCCAACGGGAACAUCUCAGUGUCGAUCCUGGCGGGAAAUGAGCAGCGGCACUUUGAGGUGCACAGCAGUAAGGUACCCAACCUCAGCCUUAUAAAGGUAGCAGCUGCAUUGGACCGGGAACGCAUCCCAGCCUAUAACCUUACCGUGGCAGUGGCGGAUAACUAUGGGGCCCCACCGCCACCUCCAGGGUCUCCCACUUCUGGCUUUUCUCCUGACGGGGCCGUGGCAGCUCCCGUGAGCCGCUCCUCAGUAGCCAGCCUGGUGAUCUUUGUGAAUGACAUUAAUGACCACCCACCUGUCUUUGGGCAGUCAGUCUACAGGGUGAACAUCAGUGAGGAGGUACCCCUGGGCAGUUACGUGCGGGGCCUGAGUGCCACGGACCGUGACUCGGGCCUCAAUGCCAACCUCAAAUACAGCAUCGUCUCGGGCAAUGAGCUCGGCUGGUUUCGCAUCAGUGAGCACAGCGGGCUGGUCACCACAGCUGGCCCCGAGGGCAGCAGUGCCGGACAUGCUGCAGGCACAUCCAUCUCCAGCAGGCUGGACCGGGAGACUGCUUCUCAGGUGGUGCUUAACAUCAGUGCCCGUGACCAGGGCGUGCAGCCCAAGUUCUCCUAUGCACAGCUCGUGGUGACCAUCCUGGAUGUCAAUGACAACAAACCUCGCUUCAGUCAACCCGAGGGCUACCAGGUGUCCCUGGCUGAAAACUCCCCAUCAGGAACUGAGCUCCUUGUCCUGAGUGCUGCUGAUGGGGACCUGGGGGACAAUGGGACUGUCCGCUUCUCCCUGCAGGAAGCUGAACCAGCACUGGUAGCAGUUGGCCCCUCAUCUGUGACCCCUCGCCAGAUUUUUCGCUUGGAUCCUGUUUCUGGCAAACUCAGCACCAUCUCGCAGCUGGACCGGGAGGAGCAGUCUUACUUCUCUCUGCAGGUCUUGGCCACUGAUUUAGGCACUCCUCCCCUUUCUUCAAUAGCCCGAGUUAAUGUGACUGUCCUGGAUGUGAAUGACAAUA